AUUUUAUGACUCUAAGAAUGAUUAUUUCUUAUCAAUUUAAAAAUAUUUUGCAAAAACUAUAUGUGAAUAGAAAAAACAGCACUCUGAAGAUUUAAGGCUUCUGUAAACUAUACUAUACAUAUUUCAACUGAUAUUCAAGAAGAGAAGGAUCGAUUGGGAAAACUGAAAAAAUUAUUCAGCAAUUUGCUUCAGUUGAUAUUAACAAAUUUGAUCAUUUUUGUACGAAAAAUAUUUUGCUCAAUAACAAUGAAUACGAUUGUUGUCCUGGGGAAUAUUAUAACAAUUUUAUUAAUUGUAUUAAUUGGAAAAUUAGAAUCAACAAGAAUAUCACCUUCUGAACGACUUUACGAACUUGGAUGCAUUAAUAGCGUUAAAAACAAUGUGAUAAAAAAAUAUCUUCCUAAUUAUGAUCUAAAGAAAGCAUUUGGAAUUUUAAGUCAAUACAUAAUGAAUGAAGUGGAAAUGUAUGGAUUUGCUGAACAUUUAAACAGAACUGGAAAUCCACCAGAAUGGAGCAAAACUAGAAAAUUGAAAAAUUAUGAAUAUUACAAUUUUUUGAGAUACAAUUCCCCUCUGGAAGCAUAUGAAUUAAGUGCACAACAAGCAGAAAUGCGUAUUAAUUAUCUGAGAGGAAGGUAUUUUCAGAAUGCACCUGCACUGGAUCCCCAAAUAUUAAUUGAAUCUUACAACGAGAGAAACUUGAACGAUUUAAUGUUAUUUGAAGAUUAUUAUGCUAUUAUAAUUUUACUGAAAAAUAUUUUGACACUUGAUGUCGAUAAUCCCGCAUCUUGGAGAAUAAAAAGAGCCUUAUACACUUUGGCUAUACGAAAUUAUAAUCCAAAUUCAGAUUUAAAUGACACUUCAAAAUCUUGUUUUUUUAGGGAUGUGAAAACAGAAACUUCCAUUAAUGAUAUGAAUUUAGGAGAUGUUUUCGAAACGACUAGUUUCAUUAUUUGUAGCAGCCAAUUAAAAGAAAAUAAAAACUCAUAUGAUUAUGAAAAUAUAAAUUUCCAGUUGUAUUGGCUGAAUAACAAAUUGCUAAUUACGGAUUCUAUCGCAAUGGUAAGUUUGGAAGACGUACUUCAACUUGAUGGAGAAAUUUACGUAAUACUGCCUAAGGUAGAUCUUAAGGUAGUAAGUGAUAAAGCAUUUCUUAUUAAAAACGGUAUAAGAAAUGUAUAUGUAAAAUUUGAAACUUCCACAAUUUAUGAAAAGUCCAACUGGUUAACUUAUUUAGCAAAUCAAAUUGAAAAGUACAAAACGAUGGAAAAAGAAUAUUUUAACACUCAUCCCGACAGUUAUGUAUGAAGAAAUUGCUACAAAAUCUAUCAUUAAAAAAAUCUACAAAGAAUUGUUUUGAUAAUUUAUACAUUUCUAUUUGGUGGAAAAAUUAUUUUUUGUAUCAGACAUACCUAUAAUAUCAAUAGUAAAAUAGAAAUUUGUUUUUCCAAAAUUUUCCAAAUUUUUUUCUGUUUUUCAAUAUAACAAUGUAUAUAUAAAAUUUAGUACAACGAUAUGUAUUUAAUAUAGUAAAAAAACAU